AUGAAGACCAACCCUGCAGGCACCCCACUAGAAACCUGUCAAACUGCAGGCCAGGGCGAGAAGGGAUACCCUGUAUGCCAGGCCUGCGGAGGGGCCUCAAGCUUGGGGUCUGCUUCAGAGUCAGGGUCAGGCCUUAGGCCAGGGCCUGGAGUGGUUCUGGACUCUGGGCUGGGGCCUGGGGCUAUUCCAGGACCUGGGCCUGGGCCGGGGCUUGGACCUAGUGCUGUUCCAGGGUCUGGGCCACAGCCUAGUGGUGUUUCUGUGACUGGGCUGCGACCUGGUACUACUACAGGGCCUAAUGCUUCUCUGGGACCUGGGCUAGGAACAGGGUCAUUACCUGGGCCAGGAGCUAGGUCUGGACUGAGGCCAGGAUGUGACUCAGUACCUGUACCAGUACCUCAGCCAGGAUCUGACCCAGUACCUCAGCCAGGAUCUGGCCCAGUACCUCAGCCAGGAUCUGGCCCAGUACCUCAGUCAGGAGCUGGCUCAGUAUCUCAGCCAGGAGCUGGCUCAGUACCUCAACCAGUAAGUGAGUCAGUAACUAGUCCAGGAGCUGCACCAUUACCUGGGCUGGGGCUAGGACCUGGAACCAGACGAGGCUCUGGGACUGGCUCUAACCCCGGUGAAUCAGUGAGAGCCACAGUACCAGCACUACAGCAGAAGACUGAGGCCAAGCACACACAGGCCCCCAGACAGAAGGUUCUGGUGACCGGAGGAGGAGGUUACCUGGGCUUCAGCCUGGGUUCCAGCCUGGCCAAGAAAGGCGCCUCUGUCAUCCUGCUUGACCUCCGCAGACCCCAGUGGCCACUACCCACAGGAACUGAGUUUAUCCAGGCUGAUGUCCGAGAUGAAGAAGCCCUAUACCAAGCCUUCCAGGGGGUGGACUGUGUCUUUCACGUGGCCUCCUACGGCAUGUCUGGGGCAGAGAAGCUACAAAAACAGGAGAUUGAGUCUAUAAAUGUCGGAGGCACCAAACUGGUGAUUAAUGUCUGCGUCCGUCGGCGUGUUCCAAGGCUCGUAUACACCAGCACAGUCAACGUGACAUUUGGUGGGAAGCCCAUAGAGCAGGGCAAUGAGGACUCCAUCCCAUAUUUCCCCUUGGACAAGCAUAUGGACCACUACUCUCGAACCAAAGCCAUCGCUGACCAGUUGAUUCUCAUGGCCAAUGGGACACCUCUCCUAGGAGGAGGCACCCUCCGCACCUGUGUGCUCCGUCCCCCAGGGAUCUAUGGUCCUGAAGAACAGAGACACCUGCCCCGGGUGGCGAGCCACAUCAAGAAGAGACUGUUCAUGUUCCGGUUUGGGGACCGCAGGACGCGCAUGAACUGGGUCCACGUGCAGAAUCUGGUGCAGGCACACAUGCGGGCGGCUGAGGGCCUCACCAUGGCUAAAGGCUACGUGGCCAGCGGGCAGGCAUACUACAUCCAUGACGGGGAGAGUGUCAACCUCUUUGAGUGGAUGGCCCCACUGUUUGAGAAGCUGGGGUACAGUCAGCCCUGGAUCCAGGUACCGACCUCCUGUGUAUAUCUGGCAGCUGCAGUGAGGUUCCUGCACCUGGCGCUGAGACCCAUCUGCAUCAUCUCCCCACUACUCACCCGCAGUGAGGUGCUCAGCAUGACCGUGACGCACACCUUCCAGAUUGCCAAGGCCCGCGCUCAGCUUGGCUACGCGCCGGACAAGUUCAGCUUCGCAGACGCAGUGGAGCGAUAUGUGCAGGCCACGACCCCGCAGCCCUGCUGUUGCACCGUGCUGACGCACCUGCGGCUGCUGCUCCUGCUGCUGCUCCUGCUCGGCUUGCUCGGCCUAGCCCUGUACUUUCUAGGGCUGCAGCCUUUGCAGGCGGUGGUGGAGAGGCUCUGAUCCGGACCCCAAAGCCCGAUCAAGCCCACGUAGGCUCUCUGCGCUUCUUCCUGGCUUUGACCUCCCGGUUUAGGCCCGCCCCUGCAUCUUGGCCACACCCCGAUUCCUGGCCAUGCCCCUGCUCCUCUCUCUAAGCUUGUCUUUCUGGAGUUUGGGCCACUUUCCCUGCUUUUUCGCUCCCUGAUUCAGUGUGAUUCUCUUCUCUGAGGUUAGGCAAGGCGGUUGAUAAAGUCCCAGCCUCUUAUCUUACUUCUCCUUCCCAGCUAUUUCCAGUCCUACCCAGUCUAGCCCUCUCCUUCCUAUUCUUCCCGAUCCUUCCUUUCUGCCUCCAUCUGUACACAGAAACCCCAGCGAAGUCGCUUCCUUAAGGACAAACCUUGGCCCCGCCUUCGCGGUUGGUCUAAAUGCUUGAGUUCUGGUUGGUGGAGUCUUUGGAAUUGAACCUGUCUUCUGCCUCCUUCUGGGACCUCCUCCCUGCCAUGGCUUCUUUGAGUUUAUCCUGAUCCU